AUGCCCGAGUUCUCUAACCCCCAGCUCAUCCGCUGCCGUAUCCUCGCAGUCGGACCGUUCGUCAUCAACGUAGCAGCACAGUUAUAUGGCAUGCUCGCGAAGCCCAAUAUCAAGGAUAUCGCCGAUGCAAAUCACUACGCGUUCUCGCCCAACCCCUUCUUCAUCGCGGGCUUCUUCGCGCUGCAGCUCGUCCUACAGCUCUAUUGGAUCCGCAACCUCUUCGUCUGGCGGCUGUCGCCCUCGAAGCCCGGGUACGACCACCGCAUCUCUUUACCACACGGGUGGGACAAUUUCGACCCUGCGACGCUCGAGCCGCCCGCGAGCACAACGGAGGUGCAACCCGCGCAGGUGGCAUACGUGCCCAUAUUCGCGCUUGGGAACCUGUGCAUCGCCGGAUGGAUGCUCCUCUGGCGCCGCGAGCAGUUCGUCGCGUCCGAGGUGCUGUGCAUCAUCAACGCCGCGCUGCAGCUGUACGCCGUGUUUUACCUCCUCGCGCCGUGCACCCCGUUCGCACUCGCGAAGGGCAACGUCUCCACGCACCUCGUCGCGCGCACGUUCGCGGGCAUCGCCGUGCUCGACGUGCUCGACAACGGCGCUGUCGCGCUGCGCUAUGGCGCGCCGCCCUCUGUCCCCGUCCAGGCACUCACGGUCGUGCUUCUUGCGCUCUUUGUACGUUUUCGUUGCAUGCGUCUAGUUUUUGACUUCUAA